CCGCAGACGAAGGCAGAAGCAGCACAGAUGACGAGGCAGCUCUGCGCCUGCGCGAGAACGCAGCCGCCAACAACCUGGGCUUGGACACGCCGUCUGCAGGCGGAUGCAGCGCCACCAUUCAGCUGCAUGCAGCCGCAGCCAGCUCACCAGCCGACGCAUUCCUGCCCAACAUAUCUGCGUCCGCCGCUCACAACAGAGCCAACAAGAACGCCAUUGAAAUGAAUGUGUUCAAUGAGAAGGGCACCACUGAGCCCAUCACUGAGAAGGUGGGUGUGGUCAAGUACAUAGCAACGGAACUGAACUGCGAAGCUGGGAAUCCGAGCCAAUCCAGAAAUUGUUCGAAUUUGAGUGAGAAAUCAAGUGACUCGGGAGUUAGUUCCAGCUCGUUGUCGUCGACAAAUCACAACAUAAUUCGCCAGAAACACCAAGAAGAGCCGCCAACAAACCAGUGCUCAUCGAAAGUCCAACCAGAUGCUAUUUCUUGAACGACCGAAAGGAUUGAUGGAUCUUCCACAAAGGCAUAUCACGUAGGGUAUUUGUUACAUGCUACCGUAAACUAGGUUAAACGUUUCAAAUUUAGAAUUACAGGUAUGCUGAUCAUCAACUUUCAAAUAAUUUUAUAUUCGAUUUUAGAAAAAUAUACUUUUAAUUCUAUUACAAGUCCGGUUUUUUAUUGUAGCCCGGUUGGUAAUCUCUUGGCAGUGAAACAUUUUGUUCCUUUACCAACAAGCUUGCCAGUUGCCACCAACAUAAUAUAUUAUUCCCAGCCAUCCAAAGAUGUGUAAUAUAAAGUUAUGCAUUUGUGCCAACUUACUAGUGAUAGAUAAUCUCUAUGCGGAAUUGAGAAUAAUUUUAGGACAUUGUAAUAACUAUUUAUUUUUAAAAAUGUUGAAGUUGUUGAUUAAUUUUUAGUUUGUCAUGUGAUAAAUAGUAUAGUACCAAAAUCAUUUAGUUGAUAAUUUUUUAUUUCCUAUCUCUCUUCGUCCUUUCAUAUUCUUUAGCUUGUGAUCAUUUUACUGUAAGAAAUUAUUCUUUUCCUUUCUUCGAAAAACUCAUGUCAAUCAUAAACUAUCCUCAGAAUUCUCAUCGUUAGCAUCAUCAUCAUCAUCAUCAUUAACACUCAUCAGGAAUUUCAUCAACCACACUCUCAUAGCUAUAAUCUUUUUUUAUAUAAAUAUCAGUAUCAUCGUUGUCAUAAUCAUUACUGGCAGCUUUACAGCUGUAUUUAUUUUCAACACUUCCUCCUUCUUCUAUCUUAAUACUUUUGUCCGUAUUGAUUAAUUUAAUAUUUGUACUUUCGGCAUUAUCAACGUUUCUCAAGCUGUUAUCAAUUUUAAAAUAAUAGUUUCUAUGAUUUUUUGGUUGUUGCUUAAGUGUUUGAACACUUCAUCAUCCUCUCAUACCAUGAGACGUAUUGUUCAUCUCUGAUUAUAAUUGGGAUCGAUUUCAGCUUGGUUGAUCACUUUAUUUAGCACCGAGCAGGUGGGAUUUAUCCCCUUUAAUUCCUGUGACAUCUGAAAUUUACAUGCAAAUUUUAAUAGGACGGUUCCAUGUACGAGUAUAUUAUCAGCUUUAAUUUUUUAACCCUGUAUUUUCCAUUUAUCAAUUGCAGUAAAAUCGCACAAUGAGUUUCUGUUUUUGCUAUGAUUAAUCGCAACAACAUUCAAGUUAUUAAUUUUUGUACAUCCAAUUUUUUAAGUUACUAGUUCACACCCAACUUUAUAAUUAGCUCCCUGUAUUAUAUCCUGUUUAGCUUCAUGAUCUAAUAUAUCACUCACCUGAUACUUAGUGGUUUGGUGGUAGUAAUACAAUAUUACUUCCCGUUACAUCAUUGUGCUGAUAAGGUGUUUUACAUCUUCAUCAGAAGCUGGGAAUAUUACUGUAGUAUAUUUAUACCUUUAUGUUUAACUUCAAAAUAGCAAUUUCAAAAUCUUUUAUCUUUAUGGAUCUGUCUCUUAAGCAGGUGAUUUCUUGAAGUUUUUUUUUUAAAACUGAGUUUUUUAUAUUGUGAGUGAAAAACAAUAUUUUUAAUGAGGAAGCAAUUAUUAUUUUAAUUUUUUAUUAAUAGAAAAAUGCUUGAUUUAAUUCAAUCAUUUGAGACGUUUUGCAGCAUUUGUAAAUCGAUUGAACUCAAAAAGUGUUAUAUACGAGCAUUUACUUUUGCUGCAUCUCAAAAAAAAACUUUCGGCAUUAAUGUUAUCUGAGCGAAUUAUUCUUUACUUUAACAUUAGUUGACUUUGUCAUUUGAAUUACCCAUUGCAUUCCAACUUCUAAA